AAGAACAUCACUUCCUGUUUAAAAAUGGCUGCACCCUUACUAAUGUCACAUUAGACAAUAGAAGUGCUAUUUUCUCUAAUGUUGAAAACGUUUUUGAUCUUUUACGUAUUCGUUUGACCUCUUUUGCAGGGUAUACCUAAACAUGGUCCAUCUAUCAUCCUUCCUACUGAAGACGUACCAUGGAGGACACAUUGUCAUCAGAUUGGCAAUGGCUGGCCACAAACAGUCUAACAGACCUUUCUACCGCAUUGUGGCAGCUUACAACAAGCGAGCACGAGACAGUAAAUAMAUAGAACAGCUAGGCUCUUAUGACCCCCUGCCAAACAUCUACAAUGAGAAACUGGUCAGCAUCAACUCUGACAGGAUCAAGUACUGGAUGGGCUGCGGUGCACAUCCAACGAAGCCUGUGGCCAAACUUCUAGGACUGGCUGGGUUCUUCCCCCUGCAUCCCAUGACGGUGACAGAAACAGAGCGUCACAGGGCCCUGGCAGAACUAGCAGAGGAAGCAGCUCCAGAAGAUGGAGUUAAGCAGCAGGAACUCAUGAGAGCUGGAGCGUGGGGGACUGUCAAGCAUAGCAGGAUGUGGUUACUGUACAUGAAGGACAGCUAUAAAUGCCAUUCUCCUCCCAAAAGGUUAACUGUUUCCAGUGAAAGCCUUUGUUCUAUGUGAACAAUGAAUAUUCAUAAGCAGUGCUUUUCCUACAAAUUGUCUUUUUUUAUUUCACCAUUAUGAUAAGUGCUACAUAUUCACAUCUCAAAAGCAAAGACAUAUGUUGGAUGAACUUUUUGUUGUUGUGGUCAAUUAAAGUUAUAAAUUAGCA